GCCAUUCAAGAAAAUCAAAUGAAAUGAGGAUUAUUUAGUCAAAAGAAAAUGGACUGUGGAAAACCAUAGAACAUCACCGACCGUCCCACUCCAACCCAUUCAUUUCACACGUUUCAUUCAUUCUUAUAUUAUUAUAGUUUUGGGUGGGUCAGGUUUUGGAUUUUCAUCGUUCUUAUUCCUAUAUAAGAUACUCUCAACUCAACUUCAAUUCAAGUACCAAUGGCAUCAACAUCAUCUUCAACCACAUUCUGCAACCUCAAGUUUCACUCCACACGACCCAACAACAACAAUGUUUCCUUUCUUCCUCGCAUUCUUCACAUGAAACAGGAGGAGGAGGACAACAACACCAACCAAAUCAAUCGAAGACAACUCAUAUUGAGGAGCAGUGAAAUAGCAACGAUUGGUGCCAUCUUCAAUUUCAGUGGGAAGAAGCCUGAAUAUCUUGGAGUUCAGAAAAACUCAUCAGCAUUGGCUCUGUGUCCAGCAACUAAGAAUUGUGUAUCAACCUCUGAGAAUGUCAAUGAUCUCACCCAUUAUGCUCCUCCUUGGAACUAUAAUCCUGAAGGCAGGAAAAGUCCAGUGAGCAGAGAAGAGGCAGUGGAGGAACUAAUAGAAGUGAUAGAAUUAACAAGACCAGACAAAUUUACACCAAAAAUAGUUGAAAGGAAAGAAGACUAUGUUCGAGUUGAGUAUCGAAGCUCAAUCUUGGGGUUUGUAGACGAUGUUGAGUUUUGGUUCCCACCAGGUAAGGGCUCAAUCGUGGAGUAUCGAUCUGCGUCAAGGUUGGGAAACUUUGAUUUUGAUGUGAAUAGAAAAAGAAUAAAGGCAUUGCGACAAGAGUUAGAGAAGAAAGGAUGGGCAUCUCAAGAUACUACUAUAUGAAUAAACUUAUGCAAGAUCCAUAUAAGCAACUAGUAUAACCAAUUAAAACAUUGUUGUUAGUGAAUUGUAACCUGCAAUACCUUUUUAUUAGACAACAAAGCUCACACAACCAGGAAGGAAUGAUAUGAAGAUAUUGUUCAAACCAUCUCUAACUUUUAUUUGUGGCCCUACUUAAUUAACUAUACCAAAGAAGAUGGUAUUUUCUUUAACAAUGAAUGUAAUGGAGUUUGAAACUAAGAUUUCGUGUAGUCUCCUCAAGUCUCAAA